AAAAAUGGGUUGAACCAAUGGAACCGCAGGAGAAGACAGUAGGAGAAGGAAUGGUGACGGUCCUAUUAUCAGAAGACCUGAUAGAUCAACAAUUGAAGUCGUUCUGGAGAAUAAAGAAAUUGAAUAUGUACUUAAGGAUGAAGAGACAGGCUCUGGUGUAAAGAAAACACCUGCUUAUGAGUGAAAAUAAGUCUAAAGAAGAAUUAAUAAGAUGGAGAGAAGAGUUUUGGGAGACAAGAACAACAGGAAAUCCAGAAGUUUGGAUGGUGAUUAGACAAGCUGUUGAGAGCUCCCCUGAGGACGCAGCAGCGAUACUCAAAGCUGCUGAUGUCUCUACAUAUACAGGGUCAAUGAUCCUCUGAAUGGAUAGAGAUAAGGUUCCAUAUAGAAUUCCUAUAUGCGUGAUUAAUGAACCUGUGAGAUUUAGGCCUACAAAGGAAGAAGAAUUAGCAUCCAGAGAGAAGCCUCCAGAGGUAGAGUUUAAGGCUAUAAAAGUUAGAACUAUUGGAAAAGAUGAUAGAGAAUAUGACCUCAGCAGUUACAUGACGGUGCAGGAGCUGCUCGACCAGUACAUGGAGGACAUGGAAUUCACUGAUCACAAAGGCUUGUUAAUUUAUGAUGGAAGGGUGAUGAAGAACGAAUUUUGAUUGUAUGCAUUUAGGUUAGCAGAUGAAAUGGUUAUUCAGGCGAUGAUCAUUAAGGAAUAA